AUCAAUUCACUCUUAAAGCAAACGAAGCCAAUUCUUUAUAAAGUACCAACCCACGAGUGCUGGCGGUUAUUUCGUAUCUCCACCACCAUGGCUUCAAACCGUAGUCGAAUCGGAAUUAUCAUCAUUUCUUUGCUGGUAACGCUGGUCGCCAGUUCCGGCAAUAAGCGGGAACAACACAUCCACAACAAGCAAAUGUGCAGUAAGGUUCUCCGAACGCCCGCCGAAGACUUGGAACGGUACAACCGGUCGGAGUAUCCGGAAAAUCACGACACGGCUUGCUUCAUGCGGUGCACUGCCAUCCUGAACGGAGCGUAUGACGACGAAACGGGCGUGAAUAUGGACGUUGUUUAUGGAACCUAUGGUGCACUUUUGACGGCCGAGGAAUACACCGAAGAGUCGGAGCCGUGCUUAGCCCUGCGGGACGGAGUCGAGUGCUACUGUAUGAAGGCGUACAAACCACUGAUGUGUUUGAGGCAGCAGUUCAAGAAGCGAAAUGCAAUAUAAUGGAAAUAUAGUAUUAGUUCGUGAGAUAAA